CCAGUUCAUGAUCCUAGGACUGCGCCGCACAUCUCUCCUCCCCCUUCGCCGCAUCAUCCUCACGCCGACCGUCUCCCCCGCACGCAUCCUCUCCAUCCCCCGCUACUACUCUACCAUGUCCUUAAUCAAGACCCUCCCCGUCCUCGACGACAAGGACCUCGCCGAGGGCGAGCACAAGGCCGUCGAGUUUGACGGCACCAAGAUCCUCCUCUCGCGCGUCAAGGGCGAGGUGCACGCGACGUCUGCCCACUGCACGCAUUACGGCGCGCCGCUUGAGAAGGGCGUGCUCGACUCGAGCGGCCGCCUCGUGUGCCCCUGGCACAAUGCCUGCUUCAACGUCACCACCGGCGACAUUGAGGACUCGCCCGGCCUCGACUCGCUGUGGAAGUACGCUGUCGAGAUCAAGGACGGCAAGAUCUUCGUCAGCGCAUCCGAGAAGGAGGUCAAGGCCAAGGUCGGGCGCGUGAUCCCGCGCGCGCGCAAGCCCAUCGCCGCGACGCAGAAGCUGAAGGUCGUCAUUGUCGGCGGCGGCGCGGGCGCGAUCCACACCAUUGAGAGCCUGCGCGAGCGCGACUACGCCGGCGACAUCACCGUCAUCUCGGCCGAGCCGUACGCGCCCAUCGACCGCACCAAGCUGUCCAAGGGCCUGGUCGACGACGCGACCAAGGUCGAGUGGCGCACGCCCGAGGUGCUCACCAACGACUUUGGCGUCGAGCUGCAGCUCGGCACGUCGGUCACCGCCAUCGACACGCAGGCGCAGACGGUCACGACGGACAAGGGGGCUUCGGUCAAGUACGACCACCUGGUGCUUGCGCCCGGCUCGAUCCCGCGCAAGAUUCCCAUCCCCGGCAUCGACCUGGAUGGCGUCGUUACGAUCCGCCACACGUCCGACGUCAAGGCUGUCAACGACGCGCUUGGCCCCGACGCCGACGUCGUCAUCAUCGGCACCAGCUUCAUUGGUAUCGAGGCGGCUCAGGCGCUCGCCAAGAAGGAGCACAAGAGCCUCGUUGUUGUCGGCGUUGACGAGGUGCCGUUCGAGAACAUCCUCGGUCGUGACGUCGGCCUCUCGCUCGUCAAGAACCUCGAGGGCCAGGGCAUCACGCUGCACCGCGGUGCCAAGAUCGAGGCGCUCACCGCCUCGCCCGACGGCAAGAAGGUCGCAGGCAUCCAGAUCAAGGACAUUGGUACCCUCCCCGCGUCGGUCGUUAUCGUCGGCACGGGCGUGCGCCCCGCGACCGACUUCCUCAAGGCGUCGAGCAUCGCGCUCGAGCGCGACGGCGGCGUCACGGUCGACGAGUACCUCCGCGUCGCGGGCCACAAGAACGUGUACGCGAUCGGCGACAUUGCGCACUACCCCCAGUUCCCGGACGGCUUCAGCCGCCGCGUCGAGCACUGGAACGUCGCAGGCAACCACGGCCGCGAGGUUGGCCGCACCAUCGCCAACCCCGACCAGCCGGCCGCGUACCGCCGCGCGCCGCACUUCUGGUCCACGAUCGGCAAGGGCCUGCGUUUCGUCUCGACUGGCGCGCCGUCCGACGAAACAUACUUUGACGGCAGCGCCGAGGACCUCAAGUUCGUGCUCUACCAGGCCAAGGGCGGCAAGAUCACCACGGUCGCGUCGAUGGGACGCGACCCCAUCGUGGCCAAGGCGUCAGAGCUCUUCAUCGAGGGCAAGCUUCCCACCCUCGACGAGAUCCGCAACGGCAAGUCCCUUUUGGAUAUCCAGACGUGACUCCCAGAGAAGACGCCGGUCCCAGAGCAGCUCGUGUCCCGUCUAUGAUGAAAAUGGAGGCUCAGUAGAAGUCGUAUGCAUGUAAACUUGCCUUUGGA